ACUGACGGACGCCGAACAUUUUUUUAACAGUUUCAGUUCUUGGCACUUCACCCUACGUUCGCUGUAUUAAUUUAGAAAACAGUUAAAACAGACUCUAAGAGCGGAUUUUACAACGCUAAAAAUCGUGUGUAUACUUGAAAUAACUAUGGGGGACGGUCAAGUAACACCAGAAGUUGUUAUUUAUCGACUUUGUCAAGCAUUAUCAAAAGACAAAAACGCUGAUUCUCUUACCAAGACAACCCGCUAUGCUCUACGAAUGUUAUCACAUUGUGAGAACACAUCUGUUCCUAACAUUGAUGAAACAGCUCUGGUUGAAAAAAUUAAAAUUCAGUUGGUCAAGCAAGAUCAAAUGGACGCAGCAGUUAAAAUAGCGAGUUUGCAUCGUCGAUUACAACAGUGCAAAUUUCUACAAAAUCGGUGGUCUGUACUUUACUUGCUGCAUUCACUCUCUGGAAAAGCUGAACAAAAGUUCUCUGUUGGUUCACUGAAAUUCCGGCAAGGUUUGGCCGCGGCAUCAACUCCAGUGAACGGAAACUUUUCAAAUGAAUCGAUCACAUCAAGCAGUGGCUUUGGUACUGCUGCUCCAAACAGCUCGAGAGGCUUAGGAACAUUUUCAACUUUACCUAGUGAGAUACAAACUCCAAAUGAUCGGACUUCUGCUUCUCUACAAUCAACAGACCUGUCAUCUAGGUUAGGCUACUCCCUCACACCAGCAUUUGGCUCCAAAAUGCAAAGUUCAAAAUUCACCCCUAACACUGUAGUUAAAGCCGAUACUCAGGCAACUCCACUCAACCAAUCCUUUGUCACAAAGUCGUCGAACAACCGUGACAAAGUGACCGAGGAUAAUCUGAUUCAUCAACUGCUCUAUGUUUUCCAAGGUAUUGAAACAAAGAACAUAAAACACAGCACCAGGGAAAAUGCUUUCUGUCUUAAUAGCGACGUGGAUGUAGAUAAAAGAGAUAAACAACUUGUGCACAAGUUAUGUGAGAUGGGCUGGCUGCAUAACAGGAUAAAGAAAUACAUUACUACAAGGAAUAAAGACAAAGCAUUUGGUUUGGUUGGAAAGGCAUUUUGUGCAGCUCUGCAGCAAGAGCUAAACGAAUAUUACAAACUCUUGUCCGUGUUGCAAUCCCAAACUCAACAAUCGGAUUCAGAGGGAAAUUCUCCACUAACACUCGUCAAACUUGUUGUAUGGACAAAUGAACCAAUGGACAGACUCAAGUGGAUUGCAUCACUUGUUGAUAAUUGUCAAGGCAAAAAAGGUGGUACCCUGACAUCUAUGGUUCAUUCAUUCAUGCAGACUGGUGACAUGGCAGCAAGACAAAUCACACGCCGAAUUCUGCAUGUUGUUUCACAGCCUAUCUUCCAUUUUAUCAACAAGUGGAUUUAUGAGGGAGAGCUGUAUGACCAAUACCUUGAGUUUUUUGUAGCUGUUGAUCUAUCGGUUGGAAAUGAGAGAUUAUGGUUCGAUAAAUACCGGAUGCGGACCUCUAUGAUCCCAUCUUUUAUCAAAGCAGAGCAAGCAAAGAAGAUUCUUCUCGUCGGGAAGUCAAUCAACUUUCUCCGUCUUGUGUGUCGAGAUCGAUCUCCCAUUAAUCUCAAAAAGAAUCAAGAUUCAAUGAAAACACUUGAAGAUCAGUCUUAUGGUCUCGAGUUUGCUUCCGAGCUAAAAGUCCGAGUCGAUGAAGCAUAUCGUGUCACGAGUUCUCACCUCCUGCAUGUCCUGAACGAUCGGUAUAAACUGCUCACUCAUCUGACUGCUUUCCGGAAGUUUCUGUUGCUUGGUCAAGGAGAUUUUAUUCGUCAUCUCUUGGAUUUAUUGCAAACUGAAUUGGACAAAGCUGCAAGUCUUCUUUAUCGUCACAACCUCAGUGGUCCAGUGGAGGCAGCAGUGAGAGCAUCCAAUGCUCAAUUUGAAGAUCAAGAUGUCCUCGCACGUCUCGACUUCCGCCUCCUUGAGAUCAACCCUGGUGAUUGUGGGUGGGAUGUUUUCAGUUUGGAUUAUCAUGUUGAUCCUCCUCUUAAUACUCUUAUCACACCUGAUGUAAUGUUGGUCUACUUGCGUGUGUUUAACUUCUUAUGGAGAGCAAAACGCAUGGAAUAUAACCUGGCUGUGAUCUGGACAAAAACAAUGGAUCAGACAAGGAAGCUGGCUCCAACACUAACUAACCUACAAGGUGUUCUUCAUAACUGUCACACAUUAGCUGCGGAGAUGGUUCAUUUUGUGCACCAAAUGCAAUACUACAUCGCAUUUGAGGUUCUAGAAUGUUCUUGGGCAGACUUGCAGGAGAAGUUGGAACAAUCCAAGGAUCUAGAUGAGAUCAUCACUGCUCAUCAUGAUUUUCUACAAUCCCUAAUGAAGAGAUGUCUUCUUGACCAGCCAUCUAGCAACCUUCUGAUGCAGCUGAGGUCAAUCUUUGACCAAAUAGUGAAGUUUGAACAUUUACAGAAGGAUAUAUACGAACAGUCAAAUACUGAACUGAAAGCUAGACUCCAGUAUGAAAGAGUCAUUGCUGAAUCUGUCAGCAAGGGUGUAUGGGGUGUUGAUGUUGAAAAAGAACCCAUAGAAAUGAACAGAAGGAGAGAUUUUCGUAAAACUAUCAUCCCAGAAAUGAGAGCCCGUUUGAAAGUGUGUGCAUGUGCAUACCAGGACAUGGUUGUGAUGUUUUUGAGGCAAUUAAGACAAGAAAAUGAUGCAAAUCUAAGAAACUUAAGUUGGCGCCUCGACUUUAAUGAACACUACAGGUCAAAAGAUGUUAGCGCAAAAAGCACUAAGAAAACUGGUCGCAAACAAGUUUCUGUCCGAUAAAUACAACCAUCCAACGAUUUUGUGUGUAGCAUGUUAUUGCAGUAAAAUGGCUGCUGCCGAAACUCAAAAUCGUAGUUAUUUUGCGCAUAUGGUAUUUAGUUCAAACUUUUGUAUACUAGCUGAAUAAAUAUUUGAAACAAAA